UUCCGAUCAUCAUUGUAUAAAAGUUGGUCAGCUUUAAAAAAAGGAUUUUGUCAUUUGGCAAUCAGUAUGAUUAUUGGCGUGAUACGCGAUAUACUAGUUGUGUUAUUUAUUUAUUUACAAAAAUGUUCGCGAUUUUCGCACUUGUUCUGUUUUCCAUAGUCUUCGCGUCUGAUGAGAGCUUGAAUAGAACGGAUUUGAAAUGUAUGGGAUUUGCUGUUCAUAACGUAUCUCUUUCCGCAUAUUAUCCUGUGUUUGAGACGGACGAUAAACGUAAUUAUCUAGAUGAUCAAGGAAAAGGAUUGAAGACUCUUCAGGAUUAUCUUGAUGGUCGUACGCGUUACGUUACUGUCGCUGGUAAUUUAAAAUCUGGCAUUCCGUAUGGAACGAAAAUAUGCAUAGAAGAAUUGAAUAAGCAAUUUGGGAAACAAAUUCCCCUGCAGAUAAGGGACCAGAGUGAUUACGAAAGCAAUAAAUUACUUGAUUUCUCGAGAUUGGAAAUUUGCGUCAGGACUGAGGAGGAUACUUACGAUAAAUACCUCAACGAUUUUGUUACUAUCUAUAUAUAAUAAUUACAUAGA